AUACAGGUCAGUGAAUGAAAAAUAAUGUAUGAAUAAUUAAUCGUUGCAUCCCUAGCAGCAAAGAUGAGUGUCAACUUUGUAGAUUAUUUCUCCAACGAGCACAAUGGAUACGAUAUUUUAUAUCAAAACAUGAAAUACGGACUUAUAGCCAGCAAGGAGCUCUCGGAGUAUCUUAGAGAGAGGUCAAACAUUGAAGAAUCCAAUUCGAAACUUUUAACUAAGCUCGCCAAACAAGCUAACAGUAACUGUGCUCAGGGCACCUUCGCACCCUUCUGGGGCGUCCUCAAGUGCUCAGCUGAGAAACUGUCCAACUUGCAUCAACACAUGUUCCAAAAGGUCAGUGAGCUUGUGAAAGAUGUCGCUCGUUAUGCUGAAGAGCUACACAAGAAGCACAAAGCUGUCAAAGACUCAGAAUCUAGUACUUUAGAAGUUGUUUUGCUCAUUCAAAAUACCAAACAAGCUUUGCAGAAAGCAAAGGAUGUGUACACCUCUAAGUCAGCUGAGCUGGAUAAGCUGAAGAAAGAAAACUCCUCCUCUAAAGAUAUUGAAAAAGCUGAAGUUAAGUUAAAAAAAUUACAUGAAGACUUUAGACAGCUUGCUGAAAAGUACAGUCUUGUUAAACAGGAUUUUGAAAAGAAAAUGACUCAAACUUGUAAACACUUUCAAGAUGUAGAGGAAGCUCAUUUAAAACAGAUGAAACAGUUUGUCAAUGCUUAUGCUGACAUCAUCCAAAACAACCAUGAUCUCAUGGGCCAAGUUCAUAGAGAUUUUAAACACCAGUGUCUCGAAUUGACUGUAGAAAAGCUUUUAGAACAAUUUCUUGUGGAAAAGUAUAAUGCUUUAGAGAAGGCAAAUUUGAUGGAACUGAUUCCCACUCUACCAAAACCUGGUUCUGCUAAUAAUUCUAUAUCAGAAGCAGAUCAAAUAUCCACAGUAUCCAAUGGCUCUCACAAGCCUGUGCAGCCUGCUAAACCAACUAAAAAAGAGCCUUCUUUUGCAGCUAAGACCUCAAGGAGAACAACCUCUCUGUUGAAUUUAUUUACACCAAAUUUUCAGAGCAAAGAUGAACCCAGUGUGAGUAAUGAAGCUGGUGCACCGUGCUCAGCACCUUCGAGCCCCAGUGGAACACCAGCCACCAGUGUUGUGCCAGAUAAAGAUGAUAACAUAAACCGAAGCACAAUUCGGGAAUCAAAGUGGUUUCGAAGUAGAAAAGCAAAAAAUAAACAAGCAAAGAAAUCUAAAAAGAAAAAAGAAGAAAUAUCUGAAAAUUCAAAUGCUGGUGAUAAGUCUGAUUUAGAAGAAAAGGAGGAGGAGGCUCCUAAAGAGGACCUGAUGAACUCCCCGGAGGUUGACGAGGAAGGCUUUUGUAUAAGACCCAAAGACGAGAAGGGCAGCGUUUACUCUUCAACAGAUUCAGAAUCUGAGGAAGAGAGGGAACAAAAGAUACAUGUUGAAAUAAAACCUAUUAGCAAUGGAAAUGCUCCAAUGUCAGCAAGUGUGGACGAGCUUAGAGCUACAGUUGAAAACAUAGGCUUAAAAUAUAAAAUAGGUACAACAAGAAGGGGUUCAAAUGCUAAUGCUAGCAAAGCGAGCAGUGACUUUUUGGUAGACUUGAACUUUUUCCCCAGUCCCAGUGCAAGUAACCCAGCUUCACCACAUGGUAAUGUGUCUAACCCUUAUGCUCCAUUACAAGGAAAUCAGUCCAAUCUACUAGAAAGUCCCACCCCAGUCCCAACCACAGAUGUCAGUGACCUUUUCACAGAAGUUGGUGAAAUGACCCAAUCAAACUUUCGAACAUCAACUCCAACAAUAUCAACCAUUUCAUUACCACGUCCACCAUCCAGGCGAUCGGAAGGUGACUUUCGAGCCGCCGCCGCCUCAGGGUCACGUGGUCCAUCGCCUCUUACUAUCGGCAUGGCAGAUACCAUACCGUUAGCCGUUGCAUUUCAUGAAAUUAUACACUCCUAUUUUCGUGGUACAGAAGAAUCUAAAUGUCAAGUAAAAAUGUCUGGUGAUAUGAUGCUUUCAUUCCCUACUGGUAUAGUGGGUGUUCUUGCUAAUAAUCCCAAUCCAGCUAAACUUUGCUUUAGGCUGAAAAACAUUCAUAGACUUGAUAAUGUGCUACCCAAUAAACAGCUCAUAAGUAUAAAUGCAAUGAUGUCCACACGAGACACUACUGUUGUUGAAUUUAACAUGCCCGCAUUAUCAUCUUUGUUGAAGAGGCAGAGUGAGAAAAACCCCACAGCUCAGUAUUUCAAUGUAGAUAUACUAAAAUACCAAAUUCGCCCAAAAACUGGUGCAGUGUCCUGCCCCUUCCAAAUGGUGGCUCAUUGGAAGUGUGAAAAAGACCACACAGACCUCAAAAUAGAUUACAAAUACAAUCUUCACGCUAUGAGUCCACCAUCACCGCUGCUUAAUGUCUCAGUGUGUGUGCCUAUGAGUGGCUCAGUCUCAAACAUAAUAGCUAUGCCAAAGAAUACAUGGAUAGCAGAGAACGAACAAGCUCUUUGGAGAUUUACAGAGUUAUCACAACAUUCGGAAGACAGGGGUGUAGGGUCCCUGAGGGCAAGGUUUGAGCUAAGUGAUGGACCUUCGAAUAGUGCAACUAUCUCAUCUCAAUUCAACUGUGAGGGUGCAACACUAUCGGGCAUUGAGUUUGAACUCAUUGGCAGUGGUUACCGACUUUCACUUGUGAAACGACGUUUCGUCUCUGGAAAAUAUAUUUGUGACAGUGAUGUGCACUGAUUGGUCCAAUUUUUUUAUUUAAGUGCGUAAAGAUGAAUUUAAAACAUGAGGCAAAGUUAUGGAAAGAAAAUCAUAUUUGACAUAAAUGUUAUCAUUGGUACCUUAUGGGACUGUUUCCUGUCCACUGAAACACAUUACAUUACAAUCACAAUAUAUUAUGUCAAUUUUAAUAUUUUAUUAAUUAAUUAUUUGUUCGAUACUUAUGAUGGUUAUCAAUAAAAUAUUUUUGGUUAAUUUGUAUCUUAUAUAAUAUAAUAUAAUCAAAAGUUGCACCAACUUAAUCUCGAGAGUAUACAUUGUGCCAUUAUUCACUACUAACUCAUAGUUAUUAAUGUGUAAUAUAAUAUAUGAAUUUUCUAAAUUUGUCACACAUUCAUGCAUAAUAGAUGUAAAUUAAUUAAGAACCUAUAAACUUAUUUUAAUUAUCUUAAUUAAUAAUCACUUCUGUGAGUCACAGCUGAUAUGACAUGCAUGUACUAUGAGAGAAGCAAAACUAAACAAAGGAUAUUGUCAUCUAUCACAAGGGUCUAAGGUACUAUAGACCAUUACUAGAGAUAUAAAUAAUUAGAAAAUUCUCUAAAUGACUAUUAGAAACAAUAUGAAUGGUGUGCUUUUUCAUAUCAGUUGGGAUGCAUGGAGGUAUUUCCUUGGCCUCAUCACAAACCACAAUUAUGAUUAAGACCUUUGUUCAAAAAGCAUAUCAAAUGAUCUUGUCCAUUUUGAUAGUCUUUAAGUUUAUUAGAGUCUGAUAUUUGAUGUCUUGUGAAUGAAAAGCCUUACAUUGUUAUUAUUUAACUAACUAAGCCAACUAAGCCAUUACUUACACCAAGAAAUAAAGCUUUAAAACAUAGAAUAUAUAUCUACAUUAUUGCAAAGCGAUUGCUGCAACAUUGUAGAGUCUAUUCACUAUCUACCUCCUGAGGUCAAUAAUGUAGAUAUUCUAAUUGCUAUCUAUUGAAAAACUCUUCAAGACAUUAAUCAUAAAUAAUAAUAAUGAAUAUUGUGUAUUUAGUUACAAGUAGGUACAUAUAUAAUCACAAACAGUUCAUCGACUUUGAGUAUUUACAUGUUAUUCAAAUAUUAUUUACUGAACGCAACACUUAAUGCCAGUGUUAUGCAAUUUAUUCAAUUACUUAGGCUAGAUUUUAUUUUUUCAUCGAUUGCUAAAUCCAGCUUGAUUUAUAUUUUUCUGACGUGUAGUGUCUUGACGCAUCCGAACAGAAUUGGUUUCAUGCAUUUUGUAUGCGACAUAUAAGAAGCCAUUACAACAUGUCACAACACAUAAGUGUAAACAUUGCCAUAUAAAAUGUAUGAUACAGAUUCUGUUCUGAUGCAUCACAACACAAUACGUCAGACAAAUAUAAAUCCGACUUUAGGUUUAUUUUCUUUGCUUAUACUUAUUAUUAGAAUUCUGAAUGUUAAGUUGUGUCUUUAGUACUCUGUAGCACUAUGAAAUAGUGUUUAUUAGAGGUAAAACAAUAAUAAUAUGAGUUAUAAUUACGAAUUUAAAAAUCAGAUAAAUAUAUAUAACUUAAUUUUUUGUAUGCUUUAUUUGAAAAAUUUGGCAAAAUAUCAUACAAUUUACAGCAUUAAAUUGUUAUGAAUCUCUAAAAAAUAUAAUUUCUACAUAUAUUUUGUUUGCUAUUUAAAGUGUUUAAUAUAAUAAUUUUGAUUUCUCUUAUGAAUUAUUAUUAUUGGCAUCUACCACCGGAGAUAAUAUUUUUUUUUUAGUAUUAAAGAAUUAAUUUGUGUUUUGAUGUUAAAUAAUGUAAUGUGUAAUUGCUUAGGUAGUUUUUAUUAAUAUUCAUAUUUAAAUAUUACUCAAUUGUAAUCUCAUUUUGUUUCAUAUUUUUAUGUUUUUUUUUAACCAUUAUUACUUUAUUACUUGUUCAUAUUCGGCCUAAGGUUUGCACAAUAUGUGAAGAUAGGGUAAGGUAUGCUGAGGAAAGAACACAGUAAUAUUGCUUGAGUAUUGACUAUUCAGUUUUUUUCAUGUAGGAUAGUGCAGGUGACAGUUCGUUUAUUUUCGUUCUUAUUAUGAACGUCAUACAGGUGACUGUCAUUGUACCCAUGCUAUCUGGAAAACGGUUUGGUAUCACUUUAGGCAACCUUACCUUAUAGACAAGAUAUCUUAGCAUUAUAUGGAUUCACUGUGCAGAUGUGGGGUCCAUUAUGUGGCAGAGAGAAAAUCUAAGUAGAUCCUAGGUCUAGUAACCUGGGUGCAAGGUCAAGGUGCCCCUUAGCGAUGUGUGUCAACAAUCAUGAUCAAGUUUCAACAAUCAUGUGUGUCAUGAUGUGUGUCAACAAUCAUGAUCAAGUACAAUAUUACUGUGUGUAGCUAGCCUAAUAUAACCUUUAUUGAAAGUCACUGUAAUAUCACAACAUUUACCAAAAGUGACAUGUUCAAUGUCAUAAACAGAUUUAGGAUUGAUCCUAUACUUUAGUACAACUGAACCAUUCCAUUACUGUAAUAAAUAUAAUAUCUUAAUAUUUAUAUAAGUUUUAUAAUUUAUAAAUCUGUAUCCACUUUGCCGAGAGUUUGAGAAUGUGCAUAAUUUUUGUAAUAUUUCAAUGAGUGAGAGCUAAUAGAUUGCUACUAAAUGUGUAUAGAAGAAAAUCAUUUUGCAUUUCUACUAUAAUUGCAGUAGAUCUCUCAAAAGUUUAAAUACAAAUUUUGAAAAAAUCUUAACAACAACAAUAAUCAAAAUUUGCUCAAAAAUAUGUUUUAGGUAUAAAAUGUAACAAUCAUGCUUUGGGUAUUUAAAUUAAAUUCAUGUUUUGAACAUACAGCUCCAAACAUAACAUAAAUCAGUAGAUGUUUAAAAAAAAAGAGAGUCAACAUAAAAGCCAUAGAUUCUAAGAUCAACCUGGUACAGCACUAAAUUAGCUCUCAAUCAAUAAUUCGGAGCAACUUUAAACUAAUCUAUGAAUGUGUAAUAUUUUUAUAUCUUGAAAAUUAGGCAUGUGUUGUAUAAUUCAAAAAAUAACUAUUAAAAAUAUAUGUAUGUAAAUUGAUAAUAAAAUGUAACAAUAACAA